AUGCAUGUGCACAACCGCCAGGCCCUCGCCCUGGAGUUUGGGGAGCGGUUGGAUUCGUCCACCGACGGCGGCGGCGGCGGCGGCAGCAGCGAGGCGCUGGCGGUCCCAGACAGCACGUUCUAUGAGAUCACCAUCGCCACCGUGGACCAGCCAAAGCUGCUCAGCCGGCUGUCGGACGCGAUGGGUGACCUGGGUUUGAAUAUCCGGGAGGCGCACGUGUUCAACACCACCGACGGCUUCGCCUUGGACGUUUUUGUUGUGGACGGCUGGAGCGCGGAGGUGGGCGAGAGCCUGGAGGAGCUGCUAGGCCAGCGGCUGCUGCGGAUGCCACCGCCGGUGCUUCCGACCCGCAGCCGCCCCACCAACCUCAGCGGGCCCAACAUCGACACAGCCGCCGCCGCGGCAGCCGCGGCCGGCGGCGCGUCGGCGCCUGCGUCGGCGUCGGGCUGGGCGGGGCUGCCCCCAGACCCGCCGCCAGCCGGGUUCAACAGCGGCGGGUAUGUCAGCGGCAGCGGCAGCGGCGAGGGCGGCGGGCUGGGGGUGGCGUCCUGGAACGUGCGGUUUCCCAGCGGUCCCUCUGGGUCCCCGGCCCCAGAUGAUUGGGAGAUCGACAUCAACCAGCUGCACAUUGAUUCCAAGGUCGCGGCGGGGUCGUUCAGCAACCUGUACAAGGGGUUCUACUGCGGGCAGGAGGUGGCUGUGAAGAUCCUGAAGGAGCUGGGGGACGAUGCGGCGCAGUACAACGAGUUCUUGCAGGAGGUGGCCAUAAUGCGCAAGGUGCGCCACAAGAAUGUGGUGCAGUUCAUCGGCGCCUGCACCCGCAAGCCCAACCUGUGCAUCGUGUUUGAGUACAUGAGCAACGGCUCGGUGUACGACUGGGUGCGGCGGGAGGGGCCGCUGAAGCUGAGCCAGGUGCUCAAGGUAGGGCUGGAGGUGUCGCGGGGGAUGGACUACCUGCACCAGCGGAAAAUCAUCCACCGUGAUCUGAAGGCGGCCAACCUGCUGCUGGACGACAACGGCACGGUCAAGAUCGCUGACUUUGGGGUGGCGCGCAUCAUAGAGACCAGCGGCCACAUGACCGCGGAGACGGGGACCUACAGGUGGGUGGAUGGCCCCGGAGGUGAUUGA